GAAAAGCAUGAACUAAAUGCAAAGCAUCAUGGACACAUAGAUCACUCACUGAACCAGGAAGUAAAGCAGCAAUACAUCUUUCUGUGGAAGUGUCACUUUUCAGAGGCAUCCUGGGAAUACUAGCUGGUCAAGUGAUUUUCUGUAAAGUCACACAAUGGGCAUAUGGAGGCUGACAUUUUCAAACACUGGACUACAUGAGGCAGCUUGUUAACAACUCACACCUUUAAUCAACUGCACUGACUGCCAUGUAACACCCAUUUCAACAUUCUUUUGACAGCAAAGACACUUAAAAUGAAAACCAACUGCCUGGACAGCAAGAAGUGUUCUGGAGCUGCAAUGAUAAUUCACUUCUGUUACACAGAUUCUCAGAUGGAAGAGUCAGUCUCUUAACAUAAAAGAAAAGACGACCAACUGCCAAGUAAAAGAAUUCAUGUGUAUGGACCUAUGCCUAAUCAUUUGAUGUGAUCUGAUCAUUAGUUAUGAUUUGGUGUGAUCUUACAUCUGGCUAAAACUUACUUCCCAAAUGCUCAUUUUGAGCUACUGUGAAACAUUUGGGCAGCAGUUAUCGCAGAAUGGAGGAAUCCUACAGUUCAGCAAUGUGGGGAUGCGUUUUAGGUGUCCUACAGUGCCAUAUCUUAUUUCCUACAGCAUUUUUCUUCAGGGUCUUGCUGGUGUUUUAUGGAGUUUAUCAGGACAAGACAAUGCUGGUGAAAUACACUGAUAUAGACUAUAUUGUCUUCACAGAUGCUGCAAGGUUUAUCACAGAGGGGUUCUCUCCAUACGAAAGGGCCACCUACCGUUACACUCCAUUGCUUGCCUGGCUUUUAACUCCAAACAUCUACCUCACAGAACUGUAUGGAAAGUUUCUGUUUGUAACCUGUGAUGUAAUUGCUGCUUACUUCAUGUACAAAAUACUUCGACUCCAAGGACUGGAUGCUAGCCAUGCAUGUUGGUAUUGUUGUCUUUGGUUACUGAAUCCUUUACCAAUUAUAGUUUCCAGCAGGGGAAAUGCAGAGGCAGUCCUUGUAGUCCUGGUUCUUGCCACAUUGUACUGUCUGUACAAGGGAUGGCUGGUAAUGGCUGCUGUGCUGUAUGGACUGUCUGUGCACAUGAAGCUGUACCCUAUCACCUACGCCCUUCCAAUAGUCCUAUCUCUUCAGAAUGAAAAGAGUCAUGAUGAUAUUAAACCAAUGGUUUUAAAGUCUUUAUUGCAACCUUUCUGUCGACUACUCAAUUGGAGAGUAAUAACCUUUGGAACUGUUGCUGCAGCCACUUUCAUAGCCUUGGGUUUUGUGUUUUAUCAGCGUUACGGUUGGGACUUCCUGGAGCACACCUACCUCUACCAUUUAACUAGAAGAGACAUCCGCCAUAACUUCUCUCCCUACUUCUACAUGCUGUACUUGAGUGCAGAGAGUGACUGGAGCUUUGUCCUAGGCCUUGCUGUUUUUAUUCCGCAGUUAGUUUUGCUUGUAUCUGUAUCACUGGCAUAUUACAAGGAUCUUGCCUUUUGCUGGUUUCUGCAUACUGUUGUUUUUGUCAGCUUUAACAAAGUGUGUACAUCCCAGUACUUCCUGUGGUACCUUUGCUUGUUGCCUCUCAUAAUGCCGUCACUGGUGUUUUCGUGGAAACAAGGUCUGUCGUUGCUGAGUAUGUGGUUUGCUGGACAGGCACUCUGGCUGUCCCCUGCAUACUUUUUGGAAUUUGAAGGCAUAAAUACAUUUAUAAUAAUUUGGAUGGCUGGCCUGCUGUUCCUUGUUAUUAAUUGCAGUAUUCUUAUGCAGAUGAUUUCCCACUACCAGAAAAUGAAACCACCACAGAAGGAAAAACCUGACUGAAGAGCCUUCUUUGUCUGAAAAGAUGAUACAAAUGCACUGUAACUGUAAUCUCUGGUCUUACAAGUGUCUGCCCAGUUGCUGCAACUCUUAGUUACCAACAUCAGCAGAAAACUCAUUACAAACCCUUGCUUAAGACUACCUCUCAGUAAACUCCUUUACUAAUCUAUCAGCAAGCAGACUGCUAAGGGUUAAAAUCAUUUUGCUGUUUGACAUUUUUUUAAACAGAUCAUAUUGCAUUUUCUGUGUAUUUUUAUUUUUUAGUGCUUCAUUAACCUUCUGACCCUUCAAAUUCCCGAAUUCCAGAUGAAAAGAGUGCCAGAAGAAAAGAAGCAAUCUACAAUUAAACAGUGAAAACUCAGGGAAUCAGUCUCAGUCAUGUUGCUUCUAAGUAUUCUCAGAGUUUGUUCACCCAGCAUGCCAGAGCCCUAUGUACCUACCACAAUACCUAGAUGACGGAACGGCCCACAGUGGCACUGGCAUGAUGAAGAUCGGUUUCCUUGUAGAAGAAGGGUCUUCACACGAAUCAUUCCAAAGGCACUACCAAGUGGGUGCUUGACAGAAACAUAGUUAUCUGCUUUGGUAUUGGCACACUUUGUGAGUUUCUUCUAGAGAGUGUCAUAAGGGUACAAAACGUAAAUUGAUAAAUAUGUAGAGUUGUGCUAAGCAGUAGCUUAAUGCUGCUUUCAUUCUUUAAUUAGAGGACAGCUGUACCACAUAGCUGAAUAAAACAUAAACAGAU